AUGUCGCAAACCAGCAUCAACAACGUACUUUCUCGGGACAGAAAGCGAGAACAGUGCAAUUUUGAUCUUCGAACUCGACCACGGGCUGAGAAUACCACACGAAAUAAAGUAGAAUGGGAAAAAAAUAUUCUUCCUGGGGGUCGAGUCGAUUGGGUCAUAGUUGGUUUUAGUGCACCGGUACUCAUCGAGAAGAAGGUUGACGCGCAGGUUGAUGCCAGAGAGAUCUUUGAAGGGAGAAAGAAGAAGAACUCUCAAGGUGUCAUUGUCGCCGCGGUCCCAAUCGAGCUACCAAGUACAAUCGAGAACGACGUGCUGGAUCUACUUAUUGGGAGUGAAGAUUCAAGAGAUUUGAGCAAAGAGGGGGAGGAAACGGGAGCAAUCACCACGAAGGCUACCACCGGAGAAGUCAUUAACACCGAGAAAAAUAAAACACCCGGUCGCAGUUGCGAAGCAAUAGAGUCUAGAGAGACUUCUGAGACUCAUGAGGAGUCUCUCGAGAGAAUGACUGUUUCAGAAAAUGGAGGCAAACCGAUACCAUUCGAAGGUAGAAACGAUGGCGGAGCUCCACACACGACAGUGGACCUCUUCAAUUCUCAAAGUUAUAAAAGCCCUGUGGCGCAUCGCAACCUGCCUAGUGUUUCGAGAAGAAGUAGAGACGGCAAAAAUGAUAGCAGCGAUUCAUGUUUGAGGUUGCAGAGCAAUCAGGAGUCAAGAGCCACACGGUCAACUUCAAGCCCAAAAAGACAAUUAAGCAAUUAUCAGUCACGAGUUUCAUCGCCUAAGUCAACACCAGGGAGGAGACCUCAUCCUGCCGAAAUCAUGAAAUCAUUCCGAAGCAGUGUAUCUACGAGCUCGAACAGCCAUAGGACCGUGUACUCUCCUAUCUUCAAUACACAAAACUCGAAGGCACGUCUUACUACCUCAAUCUUGCCAAGGACCAGCCAAACUGUAACUAGAAGACCCAAAACGACAGUUACUGUCGCUUCAAGAAUGAUAACACAUGCUUUAGGUGUACGAGCGGUCCCUAGAGUGCUAGAAUUCGAGUUAGAAUCUAAAUAG